AUGUGCUUUAUGUGGUAAAAUGCAUGACGCUCCUAACUCAAAAUUAUAUUUAUUUAUACGGUUUCAAGGUUUUCCGGUUAUUAUGCAAAGGUAAUACUACUGACCACAGCAUCGUGUCAUACCUAUGCGAUAUGUUACGAUAAUCUAUCUUAUUCACGUUUAGAUAUCGUCUAAAACGUAUGUAUCAUCUAAUCUUGUUUUCUUUAAAUAACUCUUAAAAAACAACUAAAGGUAUCUCAUUUGAUGUGAUACACAAUCACUAUCUCUAUUGUGUUCAGACACUCUAGAUAAACACGGUGAUGUAAACAGUGGGACAGUGCUAUGAAUAAUUACUGAGGACAUUCCAGUACCAGUAGUUGGAUUUAUUUCGUCGACAUGAACAAUAGUAAUGAAAUUUUGACUGCACAGAAUGAGAAUAUAGAGGCUGUUGGUUGUCGGAACAAGGGGCACAAAAUGGUGCAAGAUGAAUUAUUAUCACCAUGGAGCAGACAAAAGUCUAUUAGUUUCAUCGUUCUAACAGUGUUGUUUGUUGUUUGGGCUUGCAUAUUCUUUCCAUUGUUAUUAAGGCAGCAGUCGAAUGACGAUAUGGACAAUAUGGAUAUGAAGUCGACCACAAUGGGUUCGACGGAAAUGACGGGAAUGUCGUCGACCACAAAGGACAUGGUCCACGAUCAUCAUCAUCGUUAACUACAAAAACUAUUUAUAUUUAUAUUUAAAGAAAUAUACUAAACAUAUUUUUAUUACGAGAUGUAUGUGAAUUAUUGUAAAGUUUUGUACUGUAUUGUAUAUCUUUAGUACUUAAGCACUUAUUGACCAAAUAAAUAGUUGUAUUAUA